AUGAACAUAAAUAGAGCUGUCCUUCCCACCGUUCCUUGCCUUAUCCCCCAGCCAAAGCAAAGUGAAGAAGUUGCUUCUUUCGUUGGUCAAGAACCCGAGAAUCAGUUAAAGCCUUUAGCACCUCAAGAAGUUCAACCACCCGCCCUGUUGUCACCAGAUGUUGGCUGCGGAGUUUCUACUUCACAUCAAGGACUUCCUUUUGAAGCUCCGUUACCACCUUUGAGAAGCGCUAUUACGGCAGGCUCCACUGGAAAGACUUCGAAAGUCGGUCUUCGCUCUAGGUAUGUCCUGCCACCGGACGUUCAAACGAGUUGUCAGAAUUCAGCAAACCUAUUGCCUCAGACUGUUCCAGUCGAAAAACAGAAUUUACCUUCAAUCAGUUCUGAAGUGUUCCAACCGAAAAGUUCAAGUUUUUCGACACUUCCGAUCGAUCCGACUGGAUCAUCUGUUUCCAGUACUCCGGUAGAACUGUCAUCUACCUCAGCAUCCUCUUUUGCUCACCCUGCUUAUAAACCUGCUGAAGCCUACUGGUUCUACGCAACAAAUGUGGAUGGCAACAAAAUUUGGUGGCCCUUUUCGCGUCGUGAUUCAUAUCAACUUGAGACAGAAUCUUUUCGGUCACGACUCCCAAGCCCUUUAUCGGAGGAUCUGCUAGUUUCAGGCCUGGCAAAAUCAACGACAGUUCCUGUUGAGGGCGGUCGUUAUGACGUGGAUCUCACACAACGACAGCGCAAACUUCCCGACGAAUUACGCGUAUUACCGUUCUCUGAAACGACAUGUGAAUCUCUGGAGGCUCAGUACAAGAUUGCCAUGGAGAACGGACAUUGGGGUCAGCCGUUUGAACUACCCGCAGAGGAUCCUCGGGGUGGUUCAGAUCGUUUUAUUUUUCACAACCCACAGGCAAGUCAAUGA